CUCGGGGCAGCCGCGGCUGGAGGCGGCCGUGCCGGAGGGGCAGUACAAAGCUAUGGCAUCUGUGUGGUGUAAGGAUGUGCCUGUUUCUCCAGAGCUGAUUCACCGUCUCCUUUCUCUUUUCAAGGAAGAGAUGGCAGAUUUUGAACUUCCAGUGGAGCAGGAUAGUGAAGAAACCUUGGAGCCAAAUGUUGCCAGUGUGGGAACAUUGCCAGAAUGUAACCAAGAAAAUGUCCCCGAGUUCUUCUACAUGGACCCUGUUGGCGCUCAGUUCCAGCAAAAUCCAGAGAUUGCUGGGGCCUCACUGGGCCUUCAGGAUUCCAUGGCUUGCCAAGACUUCUCUGCUGUCGAGAGCCAACCUGUGGACAUGGAAGAUCUUGGAGAACGUUUCCAGCAAUGCAUUGAAGCAGUAGAACAGCUAGAGGAGGAGAGGGAUGGGCUUAUUAAGGAGCUCACACUCUUACGCCAACCGGCUCUCGAUGAACUCCAGAGGGCCCAUGAAGAGAUUCUGGAAGCCUAUAGGCUCCAUGCCAAGGUAGAGCUAGAGAAGGAUAACCUGCGGGAUGAGAUUCGACAGGUGAAACAGAAGCUAUUUAGGGUGACGCGGGAAUGCGUGGCAUGCCAGUAUCAGCUGGAAACCAGGAGGUACGAAGUCACUCAGCACGUGGACUACCGAAAAGAACUGGAGAACCGAGUUGGCCAGCUCUCAGAAGAGCUGUCCCAGUUGAGAGAGACUUGUGAGGAAGAGAAGGAACAUUUUAGGCAGAGGCUGAAGGCUCCACGGCACGAGAGGAGCAGCCGUCACCUCCAAGAGAGCCGGCGGCUUUCCAUGGAAUUUGAGAGUUUUGUACUAGAGAACCGUCAGUGCUUGGAGGAGCAUUAUGAACCGAAGCUGAUGCGCCUCUUGGAAAGGAGAGAAGCCAGCAGCAAAGCCUUGCAAAUGACACAGAGGGAAAUCCACAGACUGAAGGAGACCCUGAGGCCGUUGCAGGGAGAAGUCAGCAAAUUGCUACUGCAAAACAGGAAUCUGGAGGAACAGAUUCUGCUGAUCAAGCAGAAACGUGACGAAGAGGUCCUGCAAUACAAGGAGCAAGUGGAGGAGAAGGAAAACAGAAUAAGGGAACUGAAGACUGGAGUUCAACUUCAGCAACGAAAGAACCAGGAAUUGGAAGAACUGAAAGCCAGUUUACAUCAAGAACUGUCCAUUUACAAAGGCUGCUUGGAAAUGUACGGGCAACUAUGCAAAUCGGAAGUGAAGGAAGAUGAAGACUGAAUCCUACACACGGCCAUCUUUCCCUUUGCUUACCAAUAUGGACUCCAUCCGACUAAUACUGGUAGCAAACAAUAAGCAAGUUUUCUAGAAUGAGAGUUUGCAUUUUUACUGUUAAAAAGGGUAACAAUUUUCGAGAUGUGGCCCUUAUGACAGAUGUGAUGUUAACAGAACACCACAUAAGCAUUAUCAACAAUGUACAGAUGACAUGACAAGACCUUUGUCAAUUUUAAUUUUCUGUAUAAAACUUGCUUAUGAAUAGUGGAGCUUUUUGUAGACUUGUAAUGUAGAUUACUAAGAAACAAAACUUCAAUCAAAAGCUUUUCAUACAAGAACUGCUUUCCUAUAGGGAGUUUUCCAUCGAUGACACUCACUCAGCAACCAUUCCAAGUUAUGACACUAAGUGAAUGGUAGUUAUGACCAGUCAUUGGAUUUCUGGCUGUCCCAGCAGCAGCCCCACAAUUGCAUGAUUGCAACUUGGGUGCUUGGCAGUCUAUAUACAACCAAUUGCCAAGCACCCCGUGAUCACCAUUGCGCACAUUUCCUUGGGCACUUCUCCAGAAAAGUCAACAAGGAGGCUAGCGGGGAAAGUGGAUUUAGAUAAGACAAUUUAUAUGGCCAGUGAUUCUGAGCAGCAUACAAAGUUUUAAGUGUGUCGUCGUCCCCGACUCACAGGGUACUUCUCACAUACCUUCACAUCAUGCCCCCCCCCCAGGGCAGGGGGCUA